UCACCUUUAAGCUGUUUGAGAUCCGCCAGUAAUCUGAGAGAAGAAGAAGAAGAGGAACCUUCGUUAGUGUAGUCGCGCUCUGCGGACACAUUUCAGUGUAACACCCACGAUGGCAGCUCUGAUGAAAACACACGUGCAGAUGUCUGGAGACGAUGCACAGCCUCCGCUUGAGGACAACAGUGACCAGAGUGACUCUGAAGGAGGGAGCAACGAGGAUGAAGGGUCAGAUGAUGGAGCGAGUGAUGGAGGAGAAAAUGACGGAGAUGGUGAAGGAGGGAGCGACGACGAAGGGUCAGAUGAUGGAGCGAGUGAUGGAGGAGAAAAUGACGGAGAUGGUGAAGGAGGGAGUAAUGGGGAGGAGGCAGAGAAUGAAGAUGGAGGAGAGGAUAAGGGGGGAGAUGACGGUAACGCCAACGCUGGGUGGGCAGACGCCAUGGCGAAGAUCCUCGCAAAGAAAACCCCCGAGAGCAAAACCGGUAUCCUGACGAAGAGCAAAGAGCUGGACAAGAUGAAGGAGAAAGAAAGACAGGAACAGCUGGAGAGAAAGAAACAGGUUGACAAGAAGCGAGCGUGGGAGAUGAUGUGCAGGGAGAAACCUGACAUAGUGAAGGACCGUGAGACGGAACGAGCUCUACAGAGGAUUUCUACCAGAGGGGUGGUGCAGCUGUUCAACGCCGUCAGGAAACACCAGAAAACUAUCGAUAUCAAGGUGAAGGAAGUCGGUGGCUCAGAGAGGAAGAAGGCCAAGUUACUCUCUUCUGUCUCGAAGAAAGACUUCAUCGAUGUGCUGAGGACGGAGGGAGGCAGCAGAGUCACCGGCAAGACGGAAAAGGACACUGCUGCUGCAGCAGAGGAGAAGCCCGCCUGGAGCGUCCUCACAGACGACUUCAUGAUGGGAGCCACCAUGAAAGACUGGGACAAAGACAGUGACGGAGAGGAGGCUGAUGCACCCUCAGGCGGGGGGGUGGAGGAAAGUGACUCAGACUGACACCGAUCCAUACAGACUGAAGGGACUGUGUACAGCAGGCUGUGAUGCCUUCAGGGACAUUCUGGGGGAAAAAGAAACCCUGACUGACCUACAGAGAACAGCUUCAGCCUCAGGAAUGUCCUGCACAUGUCUGACUCUGGAAAUGAAUACAUGGGAAGAUAAUGUAUCAGGCCCCCCUCCUCCAUCCUCCUGAUCCGUUUGUGGACUGCAUAAGGACAGAGAAAAUCUGAAUAUUGUUCUUUACUGAUUUGUAUACGCAAGAAAACAUUUUUAUAGAGAAGUGAAUGGUUAGUGACUGUAUACAACAUUCUGUACCUGAAGACGUGAAAAGAACGUGGAGACGGGAUGUAACAGACAUCGAGCCUGGGGGAACAAAAAGAAGCUCCUCCAGCAUCAGUUUUGUCUACAUACUAUUUUAUUACUCAAAGACCUUUGUUGGUGUGAACUCUGUAAAUAGGAAUGUGUUGUACGGUGGUUGUUGAAUAAACAGCCCAUUAAUGAAUCAC